AUGUGCCGUGUUCAUGCUUGGUGUGUGCGAUUUGCUACGAAUUGCUCAGUACCACCCGCACAGCGAGAGUUUGAUGAAUUAUCGCCACAAGCGAUCCGAGACUCUGAGGAGUUCUACAUCAAGCGAGCGCAGCAACAGUCGCUACCAGAGUAUGCUGCAGUUAAGGCAGGCAAGCCUAUCCCUGGAACCAGCAAGCUAGUCUCGCUCAAGCCGAUGAUUGACGACGCCGGCCUGCUACGCGUCGGAGGUCGACUACAGCAUGCCGACUUCUUGACUGCAGAACAACGCAUUCCGAUCGUCCUACCACGAGGGGAUCAUGUGACACAGCUGAUUGUCAAGGCAUGUCACGAACGAGGAUAUCACGCGUUCGGUGUCAGCCAUACGCUAGCCGAACUCUCGUCGCGCUACUGGAUCGUCGCUGGCCGCGAAGAGGUGCGAGCUUGGGAAGCCAAGUGUGCGAGGUGCGCCCGGAGCCGUACGAAGCCGGCAAUGCAGGUGAUGGCGCCACUACCUAAGGUCCGAGUCAGCCUGCCGCUACUCGCAUUCGGCCGAGUCUCUGUAGACUACGCCGGACCGUUUAUGACGAAGCAGGGUCGCGGCAAGACACAACACAAGCGGUACCUGUGCUUGUUCACCUGCUUGCAGACGAGAGCAGUGCAUCUCGAGCUGUCAUACGCGUUGACAACGGACUCGUUCCUGCAGGCGUACGUACGCUUCACCAAUCGACGGGGAGUACCGAUUGACGUCAUCUCCGACAAUGGCACGAAUUUUGUCGGCGCCACCAAUGAGCUUGCUCAGCUAGUCAAGCAGCUUGAUGCAGAGGCGAUUCAGCGGCAGACAGCGGAUCAGCAGACUAGCUGGCGUUUCAACCCUCCAGCAGCACCACAUUUCGGCGGAGUGCAUGAGGCGUUAGUAAAAUCGGCAAAGCGUGCUAUCUCGGCGAUUCUGAAGAACGCGGAGGUCACAGACCAGAAGCUAUUGUCUGCAAUCGUCGGCGCGGAGGCGCUCAUGAACUCACGGCCACUGUCCUACGUGUCGGCAGAUGGUCGUGACCCAACUCCGCUAACGCCCAAUCAUUUCAUGUAUGGCCAAAUCGGUACUCGGUUCGCACCUGCAGGAGUGGACGAGAGCGAGUUCAACCCUCGGCAACGCUGGCGUGUAGUGCAAGAACUCGUGCUGCACUUUUGGCGGAGAUGGAUGCAGGAAGUCGUGCCAGAGCUGAACCGGCGACUCAAGUGGAGGACGGCCGAGACAGACCUCAAGGUCGACGACAUCGUUCUAGUGACAUCCCAAGACAACCCACGGGGCACUUGGCCAAUGGGUCGCGUCACCGAAGUGCACCCUGGUCCAGACGGACACGUGCAAGUUGUGAAGGUCAAGGUGGGCGACAAGACCUACACCCGCCCAAUCGUGCGUCUUUGUAAGCUGUUCUGUGAGUAG